CCAAUCAAAUUGGUAAUAAAGGAAAUAAGGGGGUUUGAACUUCACUUCCAUAAUCUUGACUCCACGACCUUUUAGGGUUUGAACUCAUAAACCCUGCAGAAAAACAACGAAAUAAGGGGGUUUUAGGGUUUUAUCAGUUACGGCCAUGGAUGGUUCAUCGUUGGAUUCAGCAGAGUUGCAAAGAUUUUUAGAGCAAGAGAAGCAGAAAGCCAUGUUCAGUGAGAUGGUGGGGAAGCUUACAAGUGUGUGUUGGGACAAGUGUAUUUCUGGUUCACCAGGAAGCAAGUUCAGCUCUAGUGAAUCAACCUGCCUCAACAAUUGUGCUCAGAGGUACCUGGAGAUGAGCCAACUUAUCUUGAGGCGCUUCCAAUCCAUGUAAUGGAAAUCUAGUGAGCUCCACCAAUAACAAAUCAAAAUUUUGUCUUUAUUAAGUUCAAAACACUGGAACUUGAGAGAUGGAAAAUUACAUCAGAAACUGGAAAAAAAAAAAAAGCAGUUGAUCGAUAUCUGGAUAUGCAUAGUUAGAACUACUUCAGCAGUCUUUAUCUGCUUUCGCAAUCUUUAGAAUGUCAUAGUACUCAUGCUUAUGUUGAUGUGAAACUGAAAGGUAUUGUUUCUUCAUGCCAGUAAAGGCCCAUGAAUAUUGCAGAUUCCUCCCCUGU